AUGAACAAUUUCGAAUUUGAUCUGCCACCCAGUUGCCGCAUCCUUGACCGCUUCAUACAUUUUGCGUACCAUCAUCCGCUCAGACUGGAGGACACUGAAGGCUUGGAAGCUCUGGAAAAAAUUGUCAGCUAUCAGUUUGCUCGUUUUUUGUCAACUUUAAGUCAUUUUGGAAGCAACAGGGCGCUGAUGCCCCCCUGGACCUUGCAACUGUCACUAAAAAUGCGAAUCCAAUUUACAGGUCCAGACGCUUUCAGCUCGCCGUCGUGGAAUACGGACGCCAUUUACAGAUACAGAGUGAUGAUCGUCGUGAAUUUCGCAGCCUUUCAACCCGUCACUUUGUCCCAGUUUAACGCACUAGUUUACCAGUGCAUUAUCGAGGAUGUGGACCUGGAAAAGUUCAAGGAGUUGGCUUACCUCGACUUGAAACUGAUUUUGCAGUCGCUUUCGAUCAGAGUGAAAGUUGGCUAUGUAUAG